AUGAGUUUUGUAACGGGCUAUUCUGGCGAGAAAGGUGACACUGGAUUACCCGGGAAUAACGGUAUUAAGGGCGACUCUGGUUCAAGAGGAUCACCCGGUCCAAGAGGUCCCGUAGGUCCUCCUGGUGCAACUGGCGAGACUGGAAAACAAGGAGUGUCGGGCCCACGAGGAGUAACUGGAGAUACCGGUCCUCAAGGUCCAGUAGGUCCUCCAGGUUUGCCUGGUCUUAAAGGAGUCCAAGGAAUAAAGGGAGACAAAGGAUACCAAGGAUCACAAGGUUUAGCAGGUUUAGAUGGAAAACCGGGCCCACCAGGACAUCCUGGACCAGAUGGUCCUUCCGGGGAAAAAGGCGUCAAGGGUAAUCGAGGCUUUACAGGACACAAAGGAGAACAAGGUGGUCAAGGGAUACCAGGACCUACCGUCGACGAGAACACAAGAAAUUUAAUGAAAAGGUGUUGUGACCCUGUAACUGGCUUUCAGUCAAUAUUAGAAGACAUCAUAGAAAAUAUAACUCAAAUGAAAAUUGAUGUGCUGAAUGGUUAUGACAAACCUGCAUUUCAUGUAGGAGGAAGUGGCACUGCCGGGGUCUAUUCGUCUGGUAAUAUCUGGUGCUAUAUUCUAUGUGCCAUGUUACUAUAUCAUGAUUUUGGCAUGUUUGAACACAAAACACUUAUAACUCACAUGAAAAUUGAUCAGCCGAAUGUUUAUAACAAAUCAACAUUUCAUGUAGGAGGAAGUGGCGCUGGGGGAAGAUAUUGGUCUGGUAAUAUCUGA